GCCCCGCCUGUCGCGGCCUGGCGGCGGCUCCGGGUAGAAAAAACCAAACAAACCAAACCAAUCAGACAAGAACAAAGAGUUCACCGAAAUGUGACAAUGGCCAGUUCUUUAAGAGGUGAAGUGGUGAGACUGUACAAAAAUCUGCUGUACCUUGGAAGGGAGUACCCCAAAGGAGCAGACUACUUUAGAACCCGUUUGAAAGCAGCUUUCCUGAAACACAAGGACGAGAAAGACCCCGAGAAAAUUAAGCAACUAAUUGCACGGGGAGAAUUCGUUAUAAAGGAGCUGGAGGCUCUGUACUUCCUGAGGAAAUACCGAGCCAUGAAACAGCGCUACUACAGCGAUGACAACCAGUGACUGCACGUGCAACCAACACACCCACGAAAACUCACAAUAAAGGAGAUGUAACCUCAAAAGAAACGAAAUGUAAAUCCUUCCAGCCCCUCUAAGGCAUUGCUAGUUCAAGAACCAACAGUCAAAGAAUACUGGCACUUUUAAGAGGAAUGAAGUUUCCACUGUCAUUUAAAACAAGCAUUCAGGUAAAGCUAACAGGAUCAUGAAGCAGAAAGUAAAGUAAUGCUAAAACAAAUGCUAAUAAUUUAGUGUAAUGUACAAAAUUACUUCAGUACUUCUUAAGGAUAAAUUGUAUUUACAUAAUUA